UGGGAGUGGAAGAAUCGAAAAGGUGAUAAGGACAAGCGGGAGUCUCGGUUGUGCAAUAUUGUGCCUCGCCCUCGCCCUCCUCCAUAGCAGAUCUUGCUCCUCUGGAUUUUCUUCUUUGAUAUUGCCGUCUACCCUCUCUCAAAAUGGCGAGCGCGCAAUUAAGCACAUCAGAGGAAUCCCCCACAAUGGAAGACUUCACACCCACAUUUUAUAUUGGCCAUCAUGAGUCGAAACGGCCUGUGCCUGUCACAGACAUGGUUCUGCGACAGGCCCAGGAUGUCGGGGUAUGCUCUCUGUUUCGUCACUUGAUUGAAGAAGAAGAAAUGCUAAUGGUAUGUUCGCAGUAUGAUAUGCUCACCAGUCCCAUUACCAGCCCACACUUCCAUUCCCGAGUGUUGACUUUGAUUUCCGCCUACCUCUCCGAGCUGUCCCUCGCAGAACCCACCAGUGCUGCUCCUCCCGCGCCGAUAAUUCCUCCUCUUGACCCCGUCGAUACCCCUUUGACGCCGAGCGAUUCGCUCUCGCAGAUUAUCGCGUAUUCCAGUCCGUGGAUCGAUUUGUGCUCCCCCGAUCCGCUGAUCUCGAAUAUUUCUCGCCAGGUCCUGAAUAUUGAGAUUGCGUAUGCGUCGUUUUGUGGUGUGGGACAUAUUAUCAUUCCCGGACCAAGGAAGUACAGUAGUGCGAUUGAGGAUAACAAUGGCUUGAUUCAGUAUGCCCGUGCCAUUCAGGAGGCGCUUAAUAUCGGCAGCUAUAUCCAGAUUGCAAUUCAGAUUCCCAUGUACGGCAAUGUGGAGGUUAAGGAUAUGACGGGCGAUUUACAACCUUUUGCCAGGGAGGAAGCAGCGUUGUUCAAAUCCCAGGCGAAGAAGGAGGUGGAGUUGUUUGAGACUUGGGAUGCGUGGAAUGUUAUCCGUGGUGUGUGUAAAUACAGUUCCGGACUUUCAGUAGGUAAGAAAAAUCAAUACAAUUCAUUCGUUCUCCCCUUUGAACUUUGGCAAGACUAUGAGAACUGUGCUUGGAACUGAUUACUAGCGGAACCCCUUCGGAGUAUUUCCGCCACUCUGAAGGUAAUACUAUCAUAUUUUAUAAGGUCUUCUAGAUUCGCUUGAAUCAAAGCUGAUAUGUCUUCAUAGCUCUUGGAAUCCCUCGCCAGUUACCACUGGAACCUUUGCAAUCCCGUUGGUUUGCCGAACCUCUGAGAAUACUUACCUUCACCCCCACAAGUUUUCUCAAAAACAAAGGCGGUCAUCCCGUUCUUUCUAAAGGUCAUCAGGCGCUUCUCUCAAGAUACAUGCGCUUGAAGCAACCUCCGUGGCUCCUACUAUCAGACGUCGGACCAAUUCCUGGCCUGGAUGAUCCAACAUCACUCACCGUCACUGCUGACGGAUUCCCAUCUCCAAGUGCAGUUGCGGAUGCCACCCGAGAUCUCUCCAUGUCUCCCACUCCAGCAGAAACUGCAGAGUUGGCAGCCAAGGAAAAAAGCAAGCCCAAGUUGAAAGACCCGGCUGCCCAUCUCAUCUACAUGAGAUAUUUGCAAAGAAACCAACCUCCCAGAUCCACUAUUGAAAGGUUUGGGUCUGGGUAUCAGGAUUACCUCCAAGCACCCCUUCAACCACUUACCGAUAACCUCGAGUCAGUGACUUAUGAGGUUUUUGAGAAGGAUCCUGUCAAGUAUGAUUGGUACGAGCGUGCCAUUGCACAAGCACUCACCGACUGGGUCAAGGAAAGCAAACCCACCUCUAGCUCAACCGGUGCUGUGGUGAUAGCAGUUGCUGGAUCAGGUCGUGGGCCACUAGUCACUCGUGCUUUACGAGCAAGUCAAAGCACAGGCGUAGCCGUUGAAGUCUGGGCCGUGGAAAAGAACCCCAAUGCCUACGUCCUACUCCAACGUCACAACGAAGAAGAUUGGGGUCGGGUAGUAAACGUGGCGAAAAGCGACAUGCGAGCCUGGAAAGGACCACUCAUCUCCUCCACAGUUCCCACCCCAACAUAUGGCAAAGUCGACAUCAUCGUCUCCGAACUCCUCGGUUCCUUUGCGGACAAUGAGCUCUCGCCUGAAUGUCUGGAUGGUGUUCAACACGUUCUUGCCCCUGGAGUUGGCAUUUCCAUCCCCUCUUCUUAUACUGCACAUCUUACACCUAUCCUUGCACCCCGUCUCCACGCUGACAUCUCCCAUCGUGCAACCACCGAUCCCACGGCGACGGAAACCCCUUACGUUGUGAUGCUGCAUGCAAUUGACUACCUCGCCACCUCCGUUCCUGACCAUCGUCGUUUUCAACAAGCGUGGGAGUUCGUCCAUCCUCUUCCCGCCAGUACCCUCGCUAUCGCUGAGGCGCGCCGGGGAGGCGGUGUCAGUGGUGGGGGUGGGGGUGGUAUGAGUGGUGGUGACGGUGCUAAUGAACAUAACUCGAGAUACUCGAGGUUGACCUUCGUCUGUCGUGAUCGCGGGAUUGUGAAUGGGAUUGCGGGAUAUUUUGAGGCGGUGCUUUAUGAUGGCGCGGCGGGGAAGACGGAGCUGAGUACGGUGCCUGGGUUGGAGGGGAUUGAUGGGAAGAGUAAGGAUAUGAUAUCUUGGUUUCCCAUCUUCUUCCCGUUAAAGGUAUUUCUCCUCCGCCUUUUCCCUUUCUUUAUUUUGCACUUCUCGCUUACGCUUACCACCCCUUCGUCCCCCUUUCACAUCCAUUACACCUGCGCUCGCUAGCUCAAUCGAUACUAAUGAUCUACCCAGACACCACUCUACUUCCCCGACGACUCCGAGCUUGAGAUCACCAUGUGGCGGCAGACGGACGAUCGUAAGGUGUGGUAUGAGUGGCUCGUCGAGGCUUUUGUUAAUGUUGGUCCCGGAAAGAGGUUGAGACUAGGUGCUGGGGAGGUGGGGAGUAGUAGGAAGGUUGGGUGUCUGAUGUAGAUGGAUUGUCGUACCCUCUCAUCGGAUAGGACGGGAAGGGGAAGGGGAAUGGGAAUGGGAAUGGGUGGAGAGGCCGAAAAAAAAUAAAGGUGAAAAGUUGAAGGUGAAAAUUGUAGGGGAUGGAUGGGAAUGGGGGCGAAGGUGAUGGAAAAGUGAAAAAAGGUGAAAAUUAUAGGGGAUGGAUGGGUGAGGGGAGUAAAUAUGGGGAGGACAGUUUUUGGGUUCGUUGAUGGCUAUGAAUGGUGCGAUGGGAAUGGGUGGCAUGGAAUGUGUACAGUACAGAAACCUAUUUCUUGACGGAGAGGAGAUGAAAUCCACACCUAGGCUACCUCCCUCAGAGGCAGCCAAAAAAGGUUGAAGUUUUCAAAACACGGUGUUCUUAUUUAUUCACAUCCUCG